AUGCACUCCAGCACCCCCAUCAGCUCUCUCUUCUCCUUCACCAGCCCAGCAGUGAAGAGACUGCUAGGCUGGAAGCAAGGAGAUGAAGAGGAAAAGUGGGCAGAGAAGGCAGUAGACUCUUUAGUGAAGAAGCUAAAGAAGAAGAAAGGAGCCAUGGAUGAGCUGGAGAGGGCUUUGAGCUGUCCAGGACAGCCUAGCAAAUGUGUUACGAUUCCUCGAUCCUUGGACGGGCGGCUGCAGGUGUCCCAUCGCAAGGGUUUGCCUCAUGUUAUUUAUUGCCGAGUGUGGCGAUGGCCUGAUCUGCAAUCUCACCAUGAGUUGAAGGCCCUAGAAUGCUGUGAGUUCCCAUUUGGCUCCAAGCAGAAAGAGGUGUGCAUUAACCCCUAUCACUACUGUCGUGUGGAGACAUCAGUGCUGCCGCCUGUAUUGGUGCCGAGACACAGUGAAUAUAACCCCCAACUGAGCCUUCUGGCCAAGUUCCGCAGUGCCUCCCUCCACAGUGAGCCACUCAUGCCGCACAAUGCCACCUAUCCUGACUCUUUCCAGCAGCCUCCAUGCUCGGCAUUCUCACCGUCCCUGUGCACAGCCAGCUACUCUCACUCCCCAGGAAGCCCUUCAGAGCCAGAAAGCCCCUAUGAACACUCAGACUUUCAGCCAGUUUGUUAUGAGGAGCCCCAGCACUGGUGCUCAAUUGCCUACUAUGAACUGAACAACCGAAUUGGUGAGACGUUCCAGGCUUCCUCCCGAAGCAUACUUAUAGAUGGAUUCACAGACCCUUCAAAUAACAGGAACAGAUUCUGUCUUGGACUUCUUUCUAAUGUAAACAGAAACUCAACAAUAGAAAAUACCAGGAGACACAUAGGAAAGGGUGUGCAUUUAUAUUAUGUUGGGGGAGAGGUCUAUGCUGAGUGUGUGAGCGACAGCAGCAUCUUUGUCCAGAGUCGAAACUGCAACUAUCAGCACGGUUUCCACCCAGCCACUGUCUGCAAGAUCCCCAGUGGUUGUAGCCUCAAGAUCUUCAACAACCAGCUUUUUGCUCAGCUGCUUGCUCAAUCAGUUCACCAUGGAUUUGAAGUAGUCUAUGAGUUAACUAAGAUGUGCACUAUCCGGAUGAGUUUCGUUAAGGGUUGGGGAGCUGAGUACCAUCGCCAGGAUGUCACGAGCACCCCCUGCUGGAUUGAGAUUCAUCUUCACGGGCCACUGCAGUGGUUGGACAAAGUUCUGACUCAAAUGGGCUCUCCACACAACCCGAUUUCUUCUGUGUCUUAA